UUGUCAACAGAUGACAACAGAUAGAUGAAAUGAAAUGUAUUGAAUUGGAGAGUUACAAUUAUUUAUAAAAUUAAAUUGUUCUUAGUUUCGUUGACUUUUCGUUCAUAGCGAAAAAUUAAAUUCUGGGGUCAAAUCAUGGAUGUAACACAAAAUGAGUCCUCAAAAGAGGACCCCGUGUUAUGCUGCCGCGCCUGCCUUACCACCGACGGAAGACUGUUCAACAUACAUGAAAAUAAACUUGCUGACGCCUUUGCUCACAUCACGGGGACUCCUGUUGUCAAGGACAAGCUUCCUCAGCACCUGUGCUCGUACUGCGGCACACAGCUGCGUAAAUGUGCGUCUUUUAGAGACAUGUGUCUCCGCACACAACAGAGUCUAGCUGCGGAGCCACUCAAGGAAAAGCUGGACUUGGAUGGCAUUCGCAAAAUAAGCCGCCCCUCAAACCUUUUUCUCGAUCUAACAAUAUCUGAAGUAAAAACAGUAGAAUGUUUAGAUCUAGACCUCACACCAGCAGACACUAUAAAAAAAGAACCAAACAUAGAAAUUAUUAAUAAACCAAACAUAAACAUUGCAGGUGUUAUUAAAAAAACUGGUUCUAAAGCACAAUUUGAAAACCAAAAGCAUGUACUUAAUGUUUCUGCCGAUAAACUUAAAUAUAUACAAAAAAGAGUUAGAAACAUUCAGAAUACUAUCAAGAAAAAGAUAGAAAGUGGAAAUAAAGAUGAUGAAAACAAUGCCAGUAUUACAGAAACCAAAAAUGAAUAUGACAAUGAUGAAAAAGAUGUCAUUAUAACGAAUAUUAAGAUGGAAAUCGAAAUUGACGAAAAUACAAAUUACAGCAUAUUUAGUGAGGAAGUUAAGAAAGAGUUUGAAAUUGAAGGUGACAAUAGUGACGUUGAUGGUGACAGUGGUGUUAAGACACGACUUAAAAGGCGAAAAGAAAUGAAAAAGAAUUUGGAAGCUAAGAAAAAGAGAGUACAUGUGAAAACUCUGUGCAAAAGUAAUACAAAGCAGAAGAGAGGACGAAAGAGGGUGAAAAGAAAGAUUAGGAAUCCGGAAAACAAUUAUAUGCCUGAGUUUGAUUAUGCUAAGUUUGAGAGGGAUAAUGCAGUGAAAAUUGUGACUUUAAGCAAGGAAGAGCAGCUAGAAGAGAUCGCAGCCCGCAAGAAGUCGCAGAACUAUCUGGACUCGCAGUUCAAGUGCGAGACUUGUGGGAAGGCAUUCAACGUGGAGGCCGCUUAUAACAACCAUCUAGUGAGACACGAUCCUAUCGAGGGCGAGUUAGCGUGCGAAAUCUGUUCGGUGCGCUACAAGCGCCCGUUCCAGGUGCAACGACACCAGGACGUGCACCGGCUGAAGAUUAUAUGCAACGAGUGCAAAUAUGUGUCCAGAACCAGGUGGCAAGCAGUGAGACAUCACGAAAUGCACGCGGGAAGGACCUACCAAUGCCAACAUUGCGGGAAAACCUUUGUCAAGACGACUACGUUUCUGUCGCACGUACGCAUUGUGCACCCCGCGCAGUGCGUCGCGUGCGACGUGUGCGGGGAAACGUUUGUGGGUGAAUUUGGGGUGCGCGCGCACAAGAAGAGAUCGCAUGCUAAGAAGCCGCAACAAUUCAAGUGUACUACUUGUUCAGUAAACUUCCGUAGUUUAACUGCGCUGAACAGACACACAGACACGGCCGGCGAGCACACAGACCUGCGGCCGUGCGAGCAGUGCGGCGAGAACUGUGCGAGCGAGGAGGCGCUACAGGAACAUGUCGAAGAGACACAUUCGACUGAGUCACAUCGGUGUGAAGAGUGCGACAUGACGUUUCCCGACACGACGGCGUUCGAGGUCCACAACCGACGCAAGCAUCUCAACGAGCGCCCCACCAUCGGCCGCACCAACUACGGGAGGAAGAAGUACGAGCGCCAACGCGCCGCCAUGCGCGCCGCUCGCGAGAGCGGUGUCGCUCCCGCUCUUCGCGCGCCGUCCAGGCUGUUCGUGUGUGAGCAGUGCGGACGCGUACUGAUAAAUUCUACCAUGCUCCGGCAGCACCAGGAGCAGCAUCAGGAAGUGAGGACGUUCGCCUGCAAUUUCUGUCCGAAGAGCUUCGCCGUCAAAGCCACGCUAGAGAAACAUAUACGGACGCACACAGGGGAGAAGCCAUUCCAGUGCCCGGAGUGUCCGAUCGCCUUUUCCAAUAAUGGGAACCUCACUCGACACCGAAAAACCGCACACGAGGGCAUCCGCGAAAACGUCCCCUGUACGAUCUGCGGGCGCGUGUUGUCCACCAAGUCCUCGCUGGCGCUGCACGUGAACACCGUGCACCACGGCCAGCCCGCGCCCAAGCGGAACCGGACCAAGCGGAACAAGAGCGAAAACAAACAAGAAGACUGUAGUUAAUGCAACAUCUGUGCGAGUUGUCCGCGCUGGCGUUGCACGUGAGCACCGUGCACCACGGCCGGAUCAAGCGGAACCAGGCCAAGCGGAACAAGAGCGGCAACAAUAUCCCGUGCACCAUAUGUGCGAGUUGGCCACGUGAGCACAGUGCUCUGCGGCCAGCCCGCGUUCAAGCGGAGCGAAACCAAGUGGCAACAAUUUUUCAUUUAUUUAAUUUAUUUAUUUUUCAUUCAAUAAGCACUAACAGCUAAACUUUACGUGCUAAUUGGCAUUACAAUUAAUACUUAAUGGCUAACAUGCAUUAAUUGCUAAAAACAAAAAGAUAGACAUACAAAUUGCAACUUAAGUAAAUAAGAUUUCAUUAAUUCAACCCGGAAUAAAUGUCAUAUACAAAACACACAUUACAUUUGUUACAUUAUUAUUUUUAAGAAAAAACAAUUAAAACGAGCGGCUAAGGAAUGGAAUGCGCUCCCGCCAUCUGUAUUCCCUGAUCAAUAUGACCUCGGUCUCUUUAAAACAAGAGUGAAUAGGCUGUUACUGAACCGGUGAGCUCCAUCUUAGGCCCUGUCUUCACUUUCCAUCAGGUGUGACUAGGGCCAAUCGCCGAUCAGUUUAUAAAAAAAAAAAAAGAAUUAAUAAAUUAAAUUAAAUGUCAACUGUAGAAUUUUAAAUAAUAGCCAAUGUCAAAUCACUCAAUAUUAAAUUUAAAUGAAUCUGUUAUUAAGAAUGUAAAAAUGUCAAAUCGAAAAAAGCAAUAUUAUACUAUAAACCUAAUGCUAAGUGAUGGAGCUAGUGGUAACGAUACUUUCAAGAUAUCGACAGGAUGCAGCUAGGAACUUGGUCUCGGUUGUUAAAAAUUGUUAUUGUUAACAAUGAUGACACAUGUUGAAUAUUAUGUAAUCUGUGCGAGUUGUCCUUAAGUCCGUGUUGGCACAGCCUGCGUACAAGCGGAACAAGUUGUUUUUUAAUAUAUAAAUCUAGUUAAGUGGAACAUUAACAUAAAUAAUUUAACAUAAAUAAAUAAAUUAAAGAAGUACUGUAAUAAUAUCGUUAUUGAAAAGUGUUUUAGUUUUAAGUGAAAAAUAAUCCUUACUUUAUAUUAAAAAUAAAAUGCACUCAGGAAAAAAUUUAGGGGAACGCAUAAAAAAAGUUUCAGGAGCUGUAAUCCCUUAAACCUAUUUAACCUUUUUUUUUGUUUUAAAAGUCCGACUCGCACUUAGGCGGUUUUUUUGCAUUCCUCUAAAUUUGUCUGAGUAUAUAUGGCAUUUCUAAUACAUGUUAAUAAGUGUUUUUCUUUUAAAUAAAUAUUCUUAUUCUAUUCUAA